AUGAUGAGUUCAAUGAGAUUAUUUGUAAGGGCUUACGAGAGUUAUAAACCUUACAUAAUAAUGCUUGUAGUUCAAGUAAUAUAUGCAGGCAUGGCUUUGUUAUCCAAAGCAUCCAUUUCUUCCGGGAUGAAUCCUUCCGUUUUCGUUGUCUAUCGGCAAGCCUUUGCCACUCUCUUCUUAGCCCCAGUAGCAUACUUCUUUGAGAGGAAGAAUGUACCUCAGUUAUCCUACACCUUGACAUGCAAGAUUUUCUUCAGUUCUUUGAUUGGGAUUACAAUAUGUUUGAAUAUGUACUAUCACGCAUUCAAUCAUACAUCUGCAACGUUUGCUGCUGCCACCACUAACAUGAUUCCGUCUAUUACUUUUGUGAUAGCUCUUAUUCUAAGGAUGGAGAGAAUGUACAUAAAAGAAUUGCAUGGUUGGGCUAAAUUGAUUGGAGCUACAGCUUCAUUUUCUGGGGCUCUUGUGUUUGUUUUUGUUAAAGGACCAACUUUUGUUAAAGAAUUGCAAGGUGGUGAAGUUGCUUCAAAGACGAAUCAAUUUAGUUCAAAAUUGGAAUUUCUUAAAGGCCCUCUUUUAAUGCUUUGCUCAAACUUCCUUUGGUCAUGUUGGGGCAUCAUGCAGGCACUUAUUAUGAAGGAAUAUCCAGCAAAGCUGUCCCUAAUUACUCUUCAAUGUUUCUUUAGCUUGAUCCAAGCAAUAGUUGGGGCAGUAGCCAUGGAAAGGAACCUAUCUUCAUGGAAGCUUGGAUGGGAUAUUAAUCUCCUUUCUAUGGCCUACUGUGGAGUAAUUGUGACAGCAUCCACAUAUUCGUUGCGAAUAUGGGUAAUAGAGAAGAGAGGGCCUGUCUUCACUGCCAUGUUUACUCCAUUGGGGCUCAUCAUCACUGCCGUUGUAUCAUUAUUCUUGGGGAAGGAAACACUUUACUUUGGAAGUGUUUGUGGGGCGGUACUGCUAGCAGGAGGACUGUACUGUGUUAUAUGGGGAAAGAGUAGAGAAGUUGAAAGCAAAAUCAGUGGACAAAAGCCUGAAGAGGAAACCACGUUGGAAUCCAUUAAAGCACAAGAGUGAGCUCUUGUUAAAUGCAAUAACGCAUCAAGUGUGGGCCGGAUUGAUUGUGUCAUAAGCAUGGAUAAUGGAUAAUAUUGAUGAUCGAGAACAAGACAAAAUCGAAAGCUUUUGUUAAGGUUUAACUAUAGAAUAGAUGCUCCUGAAAUAAAGAAGUCACGUACGGCUGUAUCAAUGUAUGUAUAGUAGUUGCUAGCUUCUUCCCUGGAAACCACGGUAGGAUAUUAUAUCUGUUAGUAUAUGU